UUUAAAUUUAAUAAUUUUUAAUUUAUUACCAAAAUGUCGUUUCUCGUUGAUUCUUGCAUCAUGUUUUUCUCGCUGAUCAUAUUUUUUGGAUUUGGCUGGGUUUUCUUUCUCAAGCAACUCUUUCGAGAUUAUGAGGUCCAUGAUUGGUUGGUCCUUCUGUUGUAUUCGGCCACAUUCGCCCUCUCGUGCACCAUGUUUGAGCUCAUAAUAUUCGAAAUCAUGGGACAACUUGACCCCAGUUCUAGGUACUUCCAUUGGAAGCUGGAGCUGUACGCUACACUGUUCACUGUGAUAUUCAUUCUCCCUUUCUACAUCUGUUACUUCGCCAUCUGCAACAUCCAGUUUUUACCUGGUGCAAAAUUUUUCAAGAUAACCUAUGCCGCAAUCUGCUGGGCUAUCUAUUUUUACUUCUUCUGGAAGGUCGGGGAUCCCUUUCCUAUCCUGAGCCCCAAACACGGCAUCCUCUCCAUAGAGCAAUGCAUAGGUAGGGUGGGUGUAUUCGGGGUAACCAUCAUGGCCGUCCUGUCUGGCUUCGGUGCCGUCAACUACCCGUACACUUGUAUGUCCUAUUUUGUUAGACAGGUAGAUGAUUCUGACAUUUUGACGCUAGAGAAGAGGCUGCAGCAGACAAUGGAUAUGAUCAUCAUGAAGAAGAAGAGGAUGGUACUGUCGAAGCGUGAUAGUCAUUCAGUUGGGUCGAAGGAGGCUGAGGGCAGGUGGACUUUCUCAGGGGUCUUCAAGAGGAUCAGAAGGGACUCGAAUGAUCAUUACAUGAGGGAAGAGGCAGAGGCCCUUGAAGAGUUUUCAAGGCAGUUGUUCCUCGAAUCAGUUGAUCUGCACAAUGAACAAGAACGCAAGGAAUGUCUAAAGACGUUGAAAGGAAAGUAUUUCAACCUAAUGGGACAUUUCUUCUCUAUAUAUUGUGUCUGGAAGAUUUUUAUGGCAACGUUCAACAUAGUGUUGGAUAGAGUUGGCAAGGUUGAUCCUGUAACGAGAGGAAUCGAGAUUGCUGUCAACUACCUCGGAAUACAAUUCGACGUGCGUUUCUGGUCUCAGCACAUUUCCUUCUGGCUGGUCGGUAUCAUCAUCAUCACUUCCAUCAGGGGUUUACUCAUUACUCUCACCAAGUUUUUUUACGCCAUAGCUAGCACUAAAUCAUCAAACAUCAUUGUUCUAUGCCUAGCUCAGAUCAUGGGAAUGUACUUUUUAUCGUGCGUGCUGCUGAUGAGGAUGAAUCUUCCAGCUGAAUACAGAACAAUAAUAACGGAGGUACUGGGCGAUCUGCAGUUCAAUUUCUACCAUCGGUGGUUUGACGUCAUCUUCCUUAUAAGCGCCCUUGGUAGCAUCCUCUUCCUCUACAUGGUCCACAAACAAUCGCCUGUCGAAGAUGUCGCUAAACGAUGAUGAUGGUGGCGAGGGUGAUGACGUCGAUGAUGAUGAUGCGGUUGUACUGAUGAUGAUGAUCGUCGUUACAAUUUGAUUGCUAAAUGUUAGGCGUCAUGAUGCUGGUGAUUGUAAUGAUUGAUGACGAUGAAUGUGAUGAUGAUAAUGGUGAUUAUUUAAAUAUUGAUGAUGAUGAUAAUUAUAUACGAUGAUCAUAAAACAAUUGGUGGUGGUUUUUGUGUCUGUUUGGCAAUUUUUUUUUAAUAUUUUUUCACGUUCCUGUUAAACAAUUUAUUUGUGAUUUUAAAUAAAUAUAUUGGUAUGUAUAAUAGAAUUUUUGAUGGUUUUAAUAAU